AUGUUUACAGGGGAGAGAGUAAUUGGUCUGACACAAGAACAGCAACAGCAGUUUGACGAAGAUGGGUAUCUUGUGUUACCAAACUUCUUUACCAUCGGUGAAGCCAAUGAACUAAAAGAGGUCGUUGAUAGACUGCUGACUGAAUUCGACGUUGACGGACAUCCCAUGACUAGGUUUUCUACUGGCGCAGGAAGGGAUAGAAAUCAUGUUGGUGAUGCUUAUUUCUUAGAGUCUGGAGAUAAAAUCCGCUAUUUCUUUGAGGAAGAAGCGUUCGAUGAAGAUGGAAAUUUAAUCGUAGAACCAUCAAAAGCGAUCAACAAGAUUGGACAUGCUCUUCAUACCCGAAAUGAAUUCCGGAGAUUUUCGAUUAACGAGUCUACCCAACAAAUUGCCAGGGAUCUCGGGUUUGAUGAACCGAAACUACUUCAGAGUAUGGUCAUCUGCAAGCAACCACACAUUGGCGGCGCAGUUCCGCCACAUCAAGAUUCCACUUAUCUUUACACAAGACCAUUGUCGGCGGUAGGAUUCUGGUUUGCGCUAGAGGACUGCACAGAGGAGAAUGGUUGUCUGUGGUUCAUACGUGGCUCACACCAUACCCAUCCGGUGUUACAUCGAUUUGUUCGACUAGCGGGUGGUGUGGGUACUAGAUUUAUGAGUAUUGGACAUGGAGAAGUCCCUGUUAACGAUGAAGACUUUGUGAAGGUGGAAGUCGAAGCAGGAUCCUUGGUCUUGAUACACGGGUCGGUCGUGCACAAGUCUGAAGCUAAUAGAAGUGAUCGAUCGAGAUACAUUUACACGUUUCAUAUUAUUGAAGGGAAGGCAGAAUACGAUACUUGGAAUUG